AUGAGCAGCGCCAAGCAGGAGGUCCAGUUGCAGGACUUCGAGACUAUCUUCAAGCUCGAUGGCAAGGUCGCAGUGGUGACCGGCGGCAGUCGUGGCCUCGGGCUCAACGCGGCGUCUGGUCUCCUCCAAGCCGGCUGCUCAAAGGUCUACAUCACCUCGCGGAAAGCCAAAGCGUGCGACGAAGCCGUGGCCGCCCUGAACGCCCUCCCCAACAAACGGCCCGGCGCAGUGGCCAUUUCGGUGCCUGCGGACUCGUCCAAGAUCUCCGAAAUCGAGCGGUUGGUUGCAGAAGUGGCAAAGACGACGGAUCAUGUCGAUAUCCUGUUUGCAAAUGCUGGUGCGACAUGGGGCGCACCCUUCGAGACGCAUCCUGAGAGCGCCUUCACCAAGGUGAUGGACCUCAAUGUCAAGAGCGUCUACUACACCGUGCAGAAGUUUGAACCUCUUCUAAAGAAGAAGGCCCCCAUAUCCGACCCGAGCAAAGUCAUCGUGACCGGAAGCGUUGCUGGCCUCGUUAUCGGAACACUGGGGGAGAAUGCCACCUUUGCGUAUUCAGCGUCAAAGGCCGCCGUCAUUCAUCUGGCCAAGAACCUUGCGGUGGAGUUGGGCCCUCGUGGAAUCAUCGUCAAUGCCAUUGCGCCUGGCUUCUUUCCCACCAAAAUGGCGUCAGGAUUGGUGGAGUUGCAAGGUGGCCAGGCUGCUCUGGCCGCGGAAGUGCCAAACAGGAGACUCGGUCAUCCUGAGGACAUUGCCGGCCUGGUCGUCUUCUUGGCCAGCAGGGCUGCCUCCCAUAUCAACGGUGCUGUCAUCGCGACCGACGGCGGUUCCCUUCUGUCGCGAGGGAGAUUGUAA